AUGGCCAAUCUUCCCAGUUCUGGCCAGGACAGUUUGGGAAGGCACUGGCAGUGUCGGAGUUCUGGCAGUCACGCAGUUUGUCCCCCAAUGCUCCUUCCCACACACCUGUUCAGGGCGGUCCCGCUCUUGAUCUCAACGUUUUGAUGAAGUCCCUGCUUCUCGUUUACGAGGUCCCCGAGGGUCUUUUGAAAUCCCUGAAGUCCCUGAUUUUCUUGUCAUUUCUGAUCGUUUUUCUGAUCUUGAUCGGACCCCUUAUCUUGUCCGAGGAAAAGAAGAAAAGCCAAGGUGACAUAACUUGCCUUUUUGGGUUGAUCGUGCUUUUCCAUGGGCUGAUGGGCACAUUGCUCGCAUCGAUAUUGAUUACAAAGAAUAGGAGAGCGUUUACUCCUUCCAUCCACCUUCAAGCCUAGAGAUAUCUCUGCUACAGUAGUGCGAGCCAGGU